AUGAGUGGGUUCUCAUUCAGCCUAAAGACCAACAAAGUCACAAAAGAUAAGAAAGUCAAACCGGGUCUCACCAGAAGAACCGUUCCAAAAAAGAACGCGUUGUUUCACGAUGAAGACGCUACAACAGACAAGAAGACCUCCAUAGACGCAUUUGACUCUAGUAAGGGCGCCAUGCUGGGCUCAACGGCCGUGUCAGAAACACCUGUUUUGAUCAUAGAACCGGUGAAUAGGACACACAGGCUUCGGAGGCCCAGCAUUUCUGCGUAUACCGGUGAUGAUUCCGAAAACGCCGAUACCAGCAAGCUACUGGCCGAGGAGAAAGCGCGGAUAUCGCUUCUCAAAGGGGAGCUGUACCAAGAAACGAGCAGCAAAGUCAUUGCCAGUCAUUCUGAAGACGGCGACGCAGAAGCUGCACCCGAGGAUUACGAAGCCGUUCCAGUGGACCAGUUCGGGGCUGCUCUUCUACGGGGUAUGGGCUGGUCUGGCGAACCGGAACCGAACAAUCAAGCCGGUCAAGAUGUGUCCCAUCGGAAACAGGGUGCUGUGUUAGGUAUAGGGGCCAAAUCUAUUGACAAAGAUCUAGAGGCAGAGUUGUUGAGCAAGAAAAACUUAGGGGUGCCGUUGAUAAAACGGGAGAGGUGA